CUUACGCCUCCUUAAACAUCCUCUUACUUUGCCUCAAUUGACCCAUUACGAAAUUCAAGCCCCUCCCCAUGAAGAAAUGAUCGAGAAAAGAAAGCAUUUCACGGACAUUCCUUUGGAAGAUAGUGAUGAUGAAUGGUGCGCCCUUCUUAUGCUUCUAGCUAAUCUACUAGCUUACCUGCUGGUUCUAGGUUUCGUAAUAGUAGUGAUUUUUUUGGUGCUGAAGAUUUCGGCCUAUUUCAUUGAUUUACCAUCGGGAGAAGGAGAGGAUGACGACGAGGCAACCGAGACCGACCCAUUGCUGCUUCAGCAUAAAACGGCGUCGUUGUUUGCGUACGGAACUUAUGUGGCGCCAGCGCCGGCGGGGGCGAGCUGCAGCCGGUCGAAUGAGGUGGAUGAUGAUGGGUCGCAAAACGACGUCAGAUUAUGCGUUAUAUGUUACGACGAGGAACAGAAUUCGUUCUUCGUGCCUUGUGGCCACUCUGCAACUUGCCUUGUUUGUGCCCGCAGGAUCUAUAAUGAGGAAAACAAGGUUUGUCCCGUAUGUAGAAGAGUAAUUGGCAGAGUCAGGAAACUGUGACGAAAGAAGAAACUAUUUUUUCUGUUGCAUGGCAUUUAUCUGAAAUCAUGGUAGUAGAGAGUUUGUUAAUAGUUCUCUAGCUCGCUUGCCUGGGAAUUUGGCGGAUGUACCUAACUGAUUUUUGUAAUGAUAGUGUGCAGAGAGGCAAGGAUGAGCUAGCGUUCCAGUCAUGUGAGUAUAUGUGGAUUACGCCAAAAUUGAUUACAGAAUUGCUCAACGUAUUUUGGCAGUGGAUAAAACAAACAAAA